AUGGCAGCACCGCUCGUCUCGCGCCCUUCGCACGACGUCACCGCGGGCCGGCCGCCGAUCGAGUGGUACCCGGGCCACAUCGCAAAGGCCGAGCGGCUGAUGACGGAGGUGCUCUCGAUGGUGGACGUGGUGGUCGAGCUGCGCGACGCCCGCAUCCCCGACUCGACCGCCCACCCGAUGCUCGCGUCAUGGAUCGGCUCGCGCGGGCAUAUCCUCGCGCUCAACCGGAUGGACGCGGCUCCGGCGCCGUCGCUGACAGAGUGGGCCGCCGCGAUGGGCGCCGGCGGGCAGGCGCCCGUGCUCAUCGACGCCAAGAAGGGCGGCGGCGUGGCGGAGCUCAAGCGCGAGAUCCUCCGGGCGGGCGCGCAUGUCAACGCACGGCUCAAGCGGCGCGGCAUCAACCCUCGUCCGGUGCGGGCGGCGGUGCUCGGCUACCCGAACGUGGGCAAGUCGGCGCUCAUCAACCGGCUGGUCGGGCGGCGAAAGGCCAAGAGCGAGAACCGGCCGGGCGUGACGCGCGGCUUCAGCUGGGUGCGGAUCGACUCGCAGGUGCAGCUGCUCGACUCGCCCGGCAUCAUCCCGGCGAAGCAGGUGUCGCAGCGCGUCGCGUACCGCCUCGCCAUGUGCGACGACAUCGGCGCCGCGGCCUACGACCCGCAGGCGGUCGCGAGUGCGCUCCUCGAGGUACUGCUGUGGCUGCAGCGCCUGUCCCUCGCGGGACGCGUCCUUGACACGUCCCUCGCCGCACAGGCGCUCUGCUCGUGCGGCGAGGAGUACGUGGCUCAGCUGGCGGAGGAGCGAUUCACGGGCGACGUGCAGCGCGCGGCGACGACGCUGCUCAAGGACUUCCGCUCGGGCAGCCUCGGCCGGCUCUGCCUCGAGUGGCCCGCAGAGGGGCAGGGCGAGGAGCGGUGA